GGCAGCCGUUCCAUGGAGACAAGCGACGCCUCAGUGGUCGCUAUGCAAAAAGUAGGCACUAUAAGACCAGAAGUUGGCAAAAUUAUCAACUGUUUUAUGUAACUUAAUUCAUGCGAAAUUCUAGCAUGCUUUGAAAUGCCUCGAAAGGAGUUAUAUGAAGCACAUGUGUAAUUCAAAGUGCAUCGUAUAUAGUUAGCGUAGCAAGCUAACGCUACUCUCUAAAGCUCGAUGAAACAGCCCAAAACAUGGCGGGCUGCUGUUAAAAUAAAGUGUCACAUUUCUAUCACAGUUAUUAUGUUACAGUUAGAGAGGCAGCAUUAGAAAGAGCGUCGGUUUAAAGAUGUGGAAGCGAGGCGGUCGAAGCUCCGCUCUGGACCGAGCUCAAGCCCUGCUGUCCGCUAAGACGAGCGGCGGAGGGGCCGCGGGGUCUGUGCGGGGGUCUGCGGGGUCGCUACACUCAGAUGCUGUGGGUGGAUCGGUUAAAGCCAGAUCCUCUUCCCCCCACACACACGCUUUAUUGUCGGAUGUCAGCGACCUGUCCUCGGUGAGCUCAGCUCCUGAGCCUGGGGUUGACACCCUGCUGGGCUCUGCUGCUGCAUCACAGGGAGAGGGUCCUCCUACCCAGGAUCUCAGACCUCAGAUUCCUGUGGGUGGAGGAGGGAGCAGGUUCUUGAAGAAGGCUCCUCCACCUGCCAUCCACAGCAGCCAGUCUCCUGUCCGCAGUCGCCAUAUGCAGCAGGUGCCUGAACACAGGAGUGUGUCAUCUUCUCAGCGCGGCUCCCAGGCUGCUGCUUUGAGUAAACUGGCUCAAAUCGAGAGCCGCGUCCGCAGCCGCAUGCAGGUUCAGGAUCAUGGCCCCGCUGAGAGUGUGACCUCCAACAUGGGAGCAGCGUCUCCGUCCCAGGAGGCCCCUGUGAGACUCUCAGCACAGUCCAGCAGUGAGCAGAGCAGGGGGGGGAAACACUUACUCAAGAAUAAAACAGCUGGAGCUGCUGGCAGUCCUGAUGUUGGUGUGAGGUCCAGAUCUAGAGCUGCUGAGUUUGCAGGUCCUGCAGCAGGUUUGGACAGGAAGCCAGUGAGAGGAGUGAGUCUGGAGAGUGAUGAAGAGGACAUGAGGAAGCUGCUCGGAGAAUCCUUAGAUUCAGAAGACCACAGCUUCCUGGCCCCAGUCAGAGCCUCUUCUUUAAGAACUGCAGACAAGAUGUUGAGCAGAAGCAGUCAGAGGGUCCGCUCCCCUUCUCCCCCCCCAUAUGUCUCUCCCUCAUCCUCCUCCCUCCCAGAACCUCCCUCCCCUCCUCGCCGCGGUUCUCCUUUCCGGUUCACCGGUCAGGCUCAGGCCCAGUUCAGCCCCUCCCUGCUCUCCCCCUCACCUCACAGAGGGGGGAGUCCACCACGCUCCCUCUCCUCCAUAUCGGGCCGGGGUGAGGUGCUCUCACUGGAGGAGCUGUUCUCUGAGGACCCUCACAGCGAGAUGAGUGCAGUUUCCUCUGAGGACUUCAAGAUCAAUGUGAUGACAUUAGACGACCUUGUCCCUGCUACCCUUGGAUUUACUGAGGAAACCCCAGAGAAGAAGUCUAAACAGAGAGAAGUCAAACACAGCUCCACUGAUCCUGGAUCCUCUAACAGACAUCAACAACGACCACCAUUCAAAGAGAGGGAGAAGAAAGAGGAGGAGGAGGACUAUCAGAGUGACUUUGAGAGUGUGAGCAGGACGGAUCACAGCCAGGUUUCAGAGCACCUGCAGGGAGACGCAGAGGAAGAGGAGGAUGGCUCGGUGAUCAGAGAGGAGGCUUCAGAUUCAGAUUUGUCCCGUGGAAGGACAGGAGAAGAUGACUCCAGCUCUUUCUCAGGCACAAGGCGCUCCUGCAGCUCACGGACAUCUGAUGGCAGUCAGAGACGCAGCAGCAGAUCCUCCGAGUCACACAGCAGCCGAAACUCCUCCCACCAGGGGAGGAGGGGGGCUUCAACCAGGAAGGUUCUGAGAGAGGUGGCCGUACAGACUCAGCCUGAUCCUCUGGCUCACACAGGUUGGGCUGCUUUGGGUCCUGCAGUGGGUCUGUCAUACAUGGACCCCUCCCCAGUGGUGGCUCAUACUCUCAGUGCAGAAAUGGUGGAAGCUCUGAGCACCUUCAACCCAGCUGUGUUUGUGCUGAAUGAAAUGCUGAAGCAGCAGCUGGCCAUGACGCAGCGUUUCAUCCAUAGCAGCCGACACCUCCACUGCAGCCUGCUGCAGAGCCUGGGCCCCCCCGACUACAGAUACACCACGCUGGAGGACACCAAGGAGUCCAUCCGUCAGCACAGAGGCCACAGACUGAGGCUGAAGGCACAGAGCAGGAGGUGACCGUCCAUCUGCUGCUGACCUCCUGGAUUACUCUUUGUAUACAUAAUUAAAACAUAUUUUUCUAAUAUGGGAAGGAUGUAGAGUAUUUGUUGUUCAUCAGUCAGAGAACAUGCCAAGAACAAUGUAAUGCUUUGGUAAAAUCACGUCAUACAGUUUUAAAUGUGUGAAUUUGAAAUCAUGCAAUGUGUGGCCUCUGUGUAUGAAUGAAGCUGUUUUGUAAAUUAUUUUUAUUUUUUAUAUUAAAAAGAGAUGACAACGUC